AUGUUUUCCUUCAACCAAUCCUCGACGGCUCCUCUCUACAAGCCAACUCGACAACCCCGAGGACCGCCCGCCAACCCAGGAGCCGUCAACUUCCUGCGUGGAAUCCAAUCUCCUUCUUCCUCCUCUGCCUGUCUUUGCAUUGGAGGCUGGGGAGGAGACACGACAGGUGCUGGCAGCAGAGUCCACACCUCGUCCGGAUCCAUCGCGGGAAGCCUCGCCGCCUUGACAAUCACCGACACCUCAACGUUCCGACCGAAUGCGAUGGUGCUUCAAGAGCGCAGCGGGAUCUCUCGACGUGGCAUCCAGCUAGAACACCUCAUUCCCAGCCAUUCGGAGUACCUUGGUGAUACAAGGUCCAAGUCCUAUAAGGCACAGGUAAAUCAUCUCGCAGACCACCUCAACUGUGCUCUAUACCUCACAGAUAUCCCCUUGACCAUUACAUUUGACAAAGUCUUCGAUGCCAUCGACUGCGGAACCGUCGUUGCAAUCGACAUCAAGGAACCUGCUGGCAUCUACACCUUGAAGGCCGCAGACGUAAUUUUCACGAGACCGGAAUCCGCCGCAGCCUUCCUUGCCAAGAUCGAAAAGGGCAUCAUUAUCGACGGCCAGAGACUCUCAGCCCGGUACAACAAGUUUGGCCAGCCUCUCAAUACCACGGACCAGACCCGAGUUCUCUUCAUCGAUGGACCCGACGAGAUGAUGCAGUGGAAUCGAUGGUUCGCCUACUUCGACCGCUACUGUGUCUGGCAAGCCAGCAAGUUCAAUAACAUCUAUCGCAAGAAUGGCCGUGCCAUGUUUGAGAUUGAAUUUGUUCGCAUUGUUGGACAAGCCCAAACUAUCAAGCAGGCAAUUGAAAAGGAUCCAGAGCUCCGUGAGUCGGUAGUCGUCGGAUUUUGUCCAGAUCCAUGUGAUGCACGCAAUUAG